AUGCUGAGCAAGGCGGAGCAGAGCCGCGUCGAGUAUCGUGGCGGCAAGGGCGAGCUGCUGGGGCUGGGCGAGAUCUACCUCAACGACCUGUCGGACAUUUUCGUGUUCGAGGUGACCAACCUGAAGGCGCGCAAGCUGAAGCUGCAGCUGCGUGCGGAGCUGCGCAAGCCCUUCCAGAGCAGCCAAUGGGGCUUCCAGCUCGAGAACGAGAACGUCAGCAUCAUGCAGCGCGAGCUGCAGCAGGAGAAAGACCGCGCGGUGGCCUCCGACGAGUUCAACCACGUGCCGUUCUCCGUGCUGCGCUCGUCCUCCAAGGCCGCGCUCUGCGCCGAGAACGUGUACCUCUGCGAGGGCUACAACGAGCUUUUCAACCACAUCGGGACCGUGGACGAGAUUGAGCUGGAACCAAAAGAAACCAAGAGAAUCAUGUUCUCUAUGUGCACCAAGUUGACGCAGCCGCACAAUGCUGCGAGCAACUCGGCUUACGUGGCGGCGGGGGAUUCGUCGGAGGAAGAGCGCGCGCACCUCAGCGAAACGUCGUGCUUCGUGCUAUCGGGAAGGUUGAUCUUGCAGGCGUCCUUUGUUGAUGGAAGUGUGACUAGCAGGUUGCCCAUUCCGGAGAUGCUGGUGCCAUUGCAGGGGCAAGUGUGUCGCUCGCUGCUGAGGCUGGAUGUCAAGGAGUUGCAUUUCGACGACUGUGUGCCUGGUGGGUCUUUUGUGAAAGACUUCACCGUUUGGAACCGUUCCGAGAUACCUUUGCUGUUUAAACUGGUGUCGCCGAUGACAUGGAGCGAGAACAAAGAGUUACUUGUGUGUACGGACUACAAUUCCGGAUAUGUGAUUGGAGACAAAACGUUGCAAGCUGCUGCGUAUGGACACGUGCGGAUUCGUGUUACCUAUCGCCCUACAGAAGUAAGUAUUGGGGAGCGCUUUUUCGAGAUUCAGGCUCAAAAUCUUCAUGACUCGAGGAAUGUGAAGACCCUCAAGAUUCAUGCUAUCACGAACCAAGAGCACCACAGGGAAGGAUUGUCAAUUAAGGAGCCUAGUGGUUCAUACCUCAUGAGCGGGAGUCGAUUGGAUUUUGGCGAUUGCUAUACUGGAAUUCCCAGCUCGAAAGUGAUCCUGAUGCGCAACAUGACAGAGGUGGCUCUGCACGUUGAGUUGACUAGCGAUCGGCCCAAAGAGGUUACAUUCGAGCUGAAGCUGCAGCAAAAUCGGUCGCGCGUUUCGAGAGCCCCGCGCGCCGAUGAACUUCUUUCUCCGACAAACUCAAAUGAUGGGUCUAGUUUGAAGGGCUCACUAUCACCUGAUGGUGCCAAAACCCCACAGUCUUUUUCCAACAUGGAUGCUUACGGGCUCGACAGCGACGAAGAGGCUGACGAAAACGAGGGGGACUUUUACGAAGAGGACUUCCAACAAACGAAGCGAAACUCUUUCGAGGAAAAUCCUAUGGGUGAUGCGGAUGAUUUGGAUGAUGACUUUGAAUUUGAUCGCGAGCCUCGUGCGCCCCCUCAAAGUCCUCUUGGGAGCCCCAAGAUGCGAGGCUCGAGAGGAAACGCUGACUUAAGGAAAAAGGCGUUUCGGACCAAGGGUAAAAAGUCCGUCAAGGUUCCUUCUCGUAUAAGAGACUUGGCAUAUGACAGUGGUGUGGACAGUCCUAGGUCCUCUCCUGAACGAAGUGCGCGUGUCGAAGCCCGAAAGCGACAUUCAACCCCUGUCGACGACAAUAGCGCGUCUAAUUUUCUCGUGGAAACAAUUGACUUGCCACCUGGAGUCGAGCGGACCAUAUUAAUAUGGUACUCACCCGUCUCGAAUAGCAACUUGGAAGGCUUAUAUGGAGAAAACUCAGAUGCAGUGGAUCUCAAGGCUGCUCGUCUGACGAAGCAAACUUUUCGUGUGUCAUUCCGGUGCUUUUUAAUGCAAGGUGCAUGGCAGCAAGCUCAAUCGCGUGUGUAUGAUCGAACCCUCGGCAAAUCGAUUCAUGUCCGUGCCCGUACCUGUACGUCGAUGGUGACAGUGACACCCUCAAUCUUACACCUGGGGGAUUGCAAUAUUGGAGAGUUAAAGAGCAGCUCGUGCAUGCUAACAAACCAUUCUGAAUUACCCACGGUGGUGAAACCACUGGUAACGUCCAAGGUGAUUUCGACGGUGCCGAACGACGACACGAUGCUUGGGCCAAAGCAGUCGACGGAGCUCAAAAUUGAAAUCAUUCCGCGCAAGACGAACCCGAAUUACUCCCGACUCAUUUCGAUCAUCAACAUGAAGAACAAGAGCAAUAUUCCGCAGAUAUGUGUGCGCUCGAGCAAUAUGGACGCACACCAUGUGAUUUACCAUUCGCUGUUCUACAAGUUGCUGACUCAGUCAAGGUCUGCGUUUUUGAACUUUGAGCAUGUGACUAUCAAUUCGGUUGGAAUUCAAGUGUUCGACUUGGAGAAUAUCACAAAUGCCCCGCUUCACUUGAAUAUUCAAAGUUCUGCACCAUCGAAAGUUCGGUUGUACUGCAUAAAACACUCGUUCGACGAUAAUAGUGUCGGCGGUGGCAACCCAAGCAAUCCUUCAGCGCAAAUCAGCCCGCAGGUUAUCAGUAGGACUAUCCGUCGACGGAGGUCAUUUUGCAGCGUGUCCGAGCUAACGGAUGGGAAAAACAGUGUGAAACGAGGCAAAUCCACAGCGCUACGUGAAUUACUGGCGAAGAAAAUGACGACCCAGGCUCCUCAACAAUCUGUAGUUGGACCCAGCAUCUCUAGAUCAGUGGCAUCCCUGCUGCAGCUCUUUGCGAAAUCGCGUGCUGACUGUGAUGCUUAUUGCCACAGUUCUCUACCGUCAAAGGAAAAAGAGGAAGAAAUUGUGGCGAUGGUUCGGGAGCGAUCGAAGCGGUUGCAGACACUCUUUGCUGAGAAGAAGUUAGUUCUUCUGAAUUCCAACAAGGAACGCAAUCUGCGGAUCCCGGCAAAAUCGCGUCAAAGAAUUGUGGCAGUGUUUAACCCAGUUUCUGCUGAGACAGCUGCUGUAAAGGAUGUCUCGAAGACAAGAGUGGAGAAGCACAAGAUUAUGAUUACUCUUCCCCCUGGAGGUAACAAGAAAGCAGUGACGGAUGGAGCAAAAUUUGAUCCUAGCAAGCCGGCGUGGGCUGCAUCAAAGCACCCAUUUGAUACGCGGUCAUCAGUAAGAGAAUUACUGCUGAAGAGUCGAGUUUGCCGCUCGGUGAUGAAUGUGAAUCAGAAGAACAUUAACUUCGGUCGCAUUGCGACAUCAUCAAAGAGCUCGAAGCGACUGGUUGUGCAAAACAUGUCAGCUACACCGCUGGUGUACAGUGUGGAGAAAACAGGUUCUAUCUCGUCUGGAUUUCUUCAGAUAAAGGAAGGUGAGGUUGGCGUGGUCAAAGCAUUUGGCACGAAAGAAAUUUGCUUCCAGUUCCAGCCGACCUUAGCAGGCCCCUUUGAAGAAAAGCUGAAAAUCAUCAAUGUGCAAGAUACGGAGAACUCAGUCUCGGUCACAAUUAAGGCAAAAGUGGUCAAGCGCGAAACCUUCAAACUUCUUCAAUCAGGACAAACAAUUUCUUUUGGAAAAUGCCUCGUAGGCGAGAAAACAGACGAAGUAAAGAUUGCUGUCCGAAACACGAGCCGGAAGAAACGCGAAUACGUGAUCCAGCUAGAUCCAAGUUUCACAAUACCUAGUAUGCGGCCAACAUUUUUCUUUUCGGUCGACGAAACGCCGACAACGGUUAUCACGCAGGCGCAGGAAAAAAAGUUGGAUGAAGAACUGGAAAAACUGGAGCACAAAUUGCGUAUUGCAAUUACGAAAAAGAAAGCGGACAAGAUUGUAAAGUUGAACGCCAAGAUUGCACAUGUCAAGGCACUUUUGUCUGGCGAACAACCUGCAAAAGAACCGGGCACGCCAGUGGACAGUGACGCGGAGGCGACUGGGAUGUCUGGAGGAAGUAGUGAAGUGGGAGAGUUUGAUGCGUACGAUAGUGCCAACAGUGAAUCAGAGCUCUCCGAGUCAGAGUCUAGCUCGCGUUCUCGACGUCGCCGAUCACGCCAGUUGAACAAACCUGCCGUCGACACGAAGACUGGACUGGUGUCAUCCAGUACAAAUAGUUUGCACUUUUCCCUGGGAGCGGAGGCAACUGGUCGAAUUGUGGCAUACGCAAUUUUCGCACCCAUCAAGUCCGGUGAUACUUCUCCAAGGGAUGGUGAUAAGAGUGGAGCCGUCACAAGCCAAAAAAUGAAGAAGCGCCAACUGCGUCGAGAUGCCACUCCCAUGGUAGGCGUGGGGAAGUUUCUUUUGUUCGAGCAGCAGAACAAGGACGUGGUGAAGGAGCUGCAGUAUAACGCAGAAAUAUUUCUGCGAACGGUUGCAGGUGAAAGUGCCUUCUGCCGAGCUGUAGGGCGUAAGCCUCCGUCUGCGCUUCCCCCGCACCCAAAUACCGGGGCGGAACGUCGGCGCAGUCUUACCAUUAAAAUACCAGAUUCGAUUCCAGCUGCCCGAAGGCUGAACGUGGAUAUUGCACCCGAUCAGCUCGGAGUAUCCUCCACAACUUCAAACUUGCUGGUGCCUGCGGAAGAAUCACCAACGGAUACUCGUGGCUGGUCAUUGACGCUCUCUUUGGGAUCCCCUUCUUACAAAGGUGCAGGAAUCGUUGAGGUGGUAUGGAAUCCAGCGAAUGCAUUCAGAAAUGUCCUCGCUCUGUCAUGCGAGAUCGUUCCGCGUGACUUUUUGAUACAGGAGGACGCGAAGACAGUUCCUGCCUUAUCCGAUACAACUGACUUGCGGAAUAUGCUUCCUCUUAAGCUGAGAAUUCCCCCUGAUCGCACGGUGAAUUUGAAUCUCAAGUGGUGUUUCACUAACGACGCUGGUUUCGCUUCAUCGACCCCUCUGGCAUCUUGCGUGACUCGCUCGAUUUUGGAGAGCGUAUCUGAAGCCGCUGAACUAAACGCGGGUAGUAUCGAUUUUUUCUAUCGACCGAGCAAUUCGUCGCCACAGGAAAAUACGCUGGGCGCAAGCUCGAGCACUCCAGUUUCGUCGGUGGGUGUGGCUGUGGUUAAAGCUGUGCAGAAAUCGCUCUGUUUCGAUAAAGAUUUCCUGGACUUGGGGGAGCAUCAGCAGGGAGGCGAGGUAAGAGGUGAAAUGGUUAUCCACAACCGGUCUCACCAAGCUCUGCAGUUCCUUUUGCUGGCCGGAUCCCGUGAUCAGAACGCACCAAGCUCCUCGUCUACUGCAGCGCCGUCGGUUGUUGGAGGCGAUAUUAUUUUCGAAAAUGCGACAGGAACCGUGGCAGCUGGAUCGCUUGUGACCGCUGCGUUUGUGUACAGAGGUAGUAUACCUGGACAGCACAAUGAGCAAAUAGUCUUGCGAAAUCUUAGCGGUGACCGUCUGGAUACGUCAGUCUUGACAUUGUCAGUCCGCGUUACAAGACCAGUGUACGUCCGGAUUCCUGAACUGGACCCUCAAGCGACCGGUCAAUUGGAAGUUCUCGACCUGGGCCCAUGCUACGUUACACCUGAAAUGCAAGAUACGGCCGCGGACAGCCCGAAUGUGUCCCUGAGAUUCAGCAAAGUGCACAAACUCACGCUGCAAAGCCAAGUCGACCAUACACUCGUUAUUUGUGCUUCAUCAAAUUUGAAGACUCAGUGUUACGUUUACGAGGACGCAAGCUUGCACCGAGAAGCAACUCACGUCAUGAUGAAAGGAAUGGAGUCCAUUGAUCUUUUCGUGGCAAUUCGCCCGCGACUGUCUUCUGAUGCAAUUAGAACAGGCUCGACACGAGAUCUUGUUGGAGGCAUUCGCGUACAACUGUUUGGAUUGCUUGCAACGCCGGACCCAUCUGGAGAAGACAAAAGCGAAAUGCUGGCGGAGUUCACCGUUAAGUUUGUUGGCGUGGCUGGAGCAAGCAUCGCUCGGGUGGCACCUUCAUUGAUCGACUUCGGCGCUGAGUACAACGGCGGGCGACUACAAAAAUGCAAAACACACGAAGGUCGUUUCGAACUCAUCAACAUGAGCAAGGCUCUACCCCUUGGGUACCGCCUUUUCGUGACAAACGCAACCGAAGGGUACUCAGAUGAUGACGACUCGCUUCACAUUUCGCUGAAGCACGAAAAGGGAGAAAUCCCCCCGGGUGAAACCGGAAAUAUUGAGUUCCGUAUGAUGGCAUACACGAAUGGACUGUUUCGACGUCGCAUUAUGGUGGAAAACAUUCAUUACCCCGGCAAAGUAAGUUUCGUCGAUGUCGUACUAUUCGUGGAUAGUGGUGAACUGCGCUGCGAGGUUUCAGGAUUGCCUACUGUGGGAAAUCCAGUUCUGGAUGAUGUGACAGGAAAUGAAGCACUGACGGUGCCAACUGUUGAUUUUGGGCUAAUUAAUGUGAUCAAGCUGGAGGAUGAAUUGACCGACACUUCGUCUUGCUGUGGCGAGCAUGAGAAUACAAGUCGCAAAUAUCGAAUUUAUGGAGAGUCUGGCAAAGAUACCUUGCUUGUAGCCCAGCCUUCACCAGAAAACUUGCAAGGUGGUGAAACAGUUCUCGUUCUCACGAACACAACAGAUCGUACCAUGAAGGUGCGUCCGCUAAGUAACCUUCCGCUGACGUAUAACCAACAAGCAAACGUGUUUUUCGGCGAUUCAUACACACUAGCGGCUAACAGUGCCUGCUCAUUGUCGUUUUGCUUUGCAUCUAUUGCUUCGACGGUGCCACUGCCUAUUGAUGCAAUCGAAAGCGGAAAACUGUGUCCACUUCGGGGUAUGGUUGGAAUCCAGAAUUUUGAGAGCAAUGAACAAACUGGCGACGAAGAAGCGUGCACACUGAAAGUGGUAAACGUGUCAGGUUCAUAUGGCGAGUCUCGUUUUCACAUUGGAGAUAAGUCCAUUGCACUGGGAAAAAUCGGCUACGCUAUUGGCUGGGAAUCAUCUACUUUUGAAGUCUUGGUGAAAAAUGUUUCCGAUGUUGCUGUAUCUUUUGUCGUUGCCAAUUUACCGGCAUGCAUACACGUACGCAAUGUCCGCGACGCGAGUCGUGUACAGCUGAAUGAUUUGAUCCAUCGGGAUUCGGAGGCUCACGUCCCCUCACUUCGGAUGCUUGCGCUUCACGCUGAGAAACCAUUGAAAAGCGAUGAGGAAUCGUCGCGCUGGAGUGCGUGGAAGAUAUUGCCUAGGGCAUCGUGCGUUCUUGAGCUUGAGCUAGUGCGAACAAGAGAGUUUUUGACGGCCGGUGCCCACGAGUUCCCGCUUCGCUUUUUGAACCUCUACAAUCCUCAUAACCACAAAGAUGUGUUGGUUCGUGCUCAGAUUAUUUCGAGCUACGCAGAGCUGGUGGUGGACCCGGAAAGCUCCGACUACGGAAUGGAAUCGGCAGAACCUAAGCAUGGCCACAUCGCUUUUCUUCCACCGGUCACAGUUCCGACUCCGCAGGAUUUACCGCACCGUGCCAGUUUUUGGUUUUCGCUACGAAAUGUAUACGACGAAGAGCUGACGGUAAAACUGUCCUCGCAAACUCACAGCCCUUUCGACCGAACACUUGAGUUGCUGCUGAUGCUUCGUUCUGCGAACACGCCGUUGAGUUUGGUUACCAUUGCGCCCGGUGAAUCGGUGGAUAUUCGUGUUGUGUGUCAUGUCGUUCCAUCCGCUCGCCUCCCAGCUGACACUUGGUCGACAGGAAGUAAUGGUGCCACGUCUGAAAUACUGGACCUUGGACGCGUUUGGCUUGAUGUCAGCAUCCAGAACAUGGAGGAUGCUGCGCAGAGGGAAGAAGUUCACGUGAAGGGGAAACUCAUACCGGGCAAGACUUUUCUGUUGUCAGCAUCCAAUCUUCACUUUUUUGCCACAGCAACGGAAUUGCCGGCUGACAUUCCGGUCGAUCAAUUGCCACCGGUCUUGAAAUCAAAACCGGAGAAGGCCAGGGAUCCGUCUCAACUUGCGCUAUCAGGAGCUUCGUCACAGAACGUCGUGCAUCAGCUGCGGAAUGCUUCCGAAAGCUUCUGGGUUAGAAAUCCUUCGACAGUCGAAGUACUGAACUUUGCCAUUAGCCCGGUUUCAAUGUACCAACCGGGUUUGUGCCUGAUUGCGGGAUCGACGGAGUCGGAUAUGUGCGCGAUGAGCGAAUGGAUUCAGGCUGUUGCAGUGCCUUCAUCGGGUACAAUUGCUCCCGGGGAAUCUGUGAAAGUUACUGUUCACCUCGAGGAAGCCGCUUCAUCUACCCCAAGCACAGCUACAUUCCGCGAAGGAAGCGAUGCCAGUCCGUCCGGAAAGUUAGCAGCGCUGCACAAAAUGCGCCACCACCCCACCUGGCGAAGCAACUCGUGGGAUGCAGACGGCGGCCCAGAUAUUUCGGCGAUUGAGAGUGGACAGAAUCACAUGUUCUUGACUGUGCGAGAUGCUGAUUCAAGCCUGGACGCUGGAGUGUCAACAGAAGUUGAUGUGCUGCUAGUACUGCAACAGCAGAGUACUGGAGGUGACAGUGCAAAACAAGGCGGCGUGGUAUUGGACAAGACGCUCAUGUCAGCAGCUUUCGAGGCUCGUAACAAGCGCCUUGUCCAGUCCCGUAAGCUCUAUCCCGGGCCAACUUUGGAAACUCACUUAGAAGACGAGCUUUAUGAGCAAUCAGAGUCAUCGGGGCUGGACAACUUCGAGGAGUUCGACAUUUCGUCAAUACGUUCAGGUGCUGUUGGAAGGAAAAACCACUUACCUGUCUUAGCAAUUCGUGGUUGUACGCCGGCGGAGUAUUCUUCUCUGGAAAAUACGCGGUACUUGAUCGAUGUGGGGCAGCACACAGUUCGAAAUGGUGGAGAAGUGGAGUGGGAGAUUACAAUCGAGAGUCUCUACAGCGCCGCUAGUGCUGCCGACCCGGGACUUGACUCCGUUGAAUAUCGCUUAAUGCUGGUUGAUAAGAACGCUCGGUCAUGGUUGCAACUCAGUCGUGAGCGGGGAACACUAGAUCGAGGGCACAGUUACCAGAGUGUGGUGCUGUAUUUUCUUCGGGGCGUUGUUGGGGUGUAUUCAACCUUCAUGGUUCUUCAGAAUCUGGCGAACCCAUCUGACCUGAAGGUGAUUCAUAUCAGGUUGGAAGUUAUCGCCGAUCUGAAUUCGCUGCGUGGUAUGUCUUCUGGGCUAGACCCUACGUCGAACCUGUUUCGCGUGCUCGUGUCAAAUCAUGGGAAUCCGAAGCGGUCUCGACGGUCCAGUGUUGAAAUGCCACCAGAAAUCACUCCUGGCGGUGCUCCACGAUUGAUGAUUGACUUCAGUGAGGUGUACUAUUACAAGCUCUACCAGAACCACUCAAUUGUGAUCGAGAAUUCCUCUGGAUUGAGCCUCGACUUUAUCCUGUCAACUAACGCUAGACCACAGGAGGUCAGCUUUUCUGUAUCUCCGAUGUCAUUUAACGAAGUGACCACAGUCACUCUCGGAGCCCACUCAAGCAUGCAAGUGUUCUUACAUUUCCGACCUCAGCCUAAGCAGUUGGUGCUGCCUUCCACUGGAGGCAGUGAACUGCUGACCGACAUAGAAGUGAAUGAUCCGUGGGUGCGUGAAGUUGAAGUCUACGUGAGCUGCCGAUUGGUGAAAGACUUCAGGGAAACAGUAAUACUACGCGCUAUCUGCAGCCAGCCCCAGCUGAUGGUGAACGUGGCGAAUGGCGAGACUAACGAGUCUCCACUACAGAGGGAAACCUAUUUCUCAGCCCAGCCGACGUUCCUUGGUCUGGUAUUCCCAAUGCUCGAGUCGACUCUUUCUAACCCGGAACUGUCUGUGAAAGCUGCUGAUGAGACGCAAAAGUUCCUGGUCGUCCGGAACACGAAGAGCGAUUCAAAUGCUCGCCUUGCGCUGAGGAACGACAGUAUGUUUUUCAGUCUGGCGAUUGAUGAAGAAUUGACCCAGCCUGGUGUUGCCAAGGUCGAUUUGCUGGAUCAUGGAGUAUGCGCUGGCCGGAGGUCAACACUAUUGGUGACCAUCCAGCCGCUGAGUGUUGCAGUUUUCCGGGUGAAACCAGACGUUGCAGCUUUGUGGAAACACCACCAGCUUUGGGAUCACAGCGUGAAGGAGCACGUCACUCUGUACAACAUCAAGCAAUUUGCGGAGCACUACCAAGUAACGCUAUGCUUUACGUGCAGUAACGUUGCAAGCUUCUACAUCCCGCCCAACAUCAGCGAGAGCUAUCCUGUUUCAGCACUCGAGGAUAUCGUCGCGAAGUUUCUACAGAAUUACCAGUACACGUGGAAAUGGUUGAUCUCGUACCACGAGAAGUCACUGUCGCCGCAAGCUUCGACCAAGCCUUCUUCUGGUCAGUCAUCUAGCUCGCCCGCACCAAAGCUGGCUGAGAUUCUGAAUGAUCUCGAGAACGCGCUCGACCUGGCAUCGCCCUUGAGCCCUCGGAAUCUCACCCACGCGGCAAUGCAGACGUUUGAAGAAGCGGAGACAAUCCCCGCAGCACCGAGCCGCGACGACUUGUACCAGCUAGUGCAAUCGUAUCGGGCAUUGUACUUCGACUUCUACUACAUCACGGAUGAACUGGUUUGGUAUGGCGUGCGCGGAAACGCGGUACGACACAGUCUCGCGCUGGCUGAUCUGGCGUACGGGGUCGUGUUCAACCACGAGGUCUUCCAGUCGUUCGUGGGUGACGCAAGGACUGGUGGCGAAUCUGCUGAUGCCGUAGCGUUCCCGAGGCUCCUGCUUCCGUGGGUCCGGCAGCUUGGGCACUUCCUGAGCUUCUUCCCGGAGAACCAAGAGGCCACCCAGCCGCUCCGGCAGGUGUACGACCAGCUUCGAAAAUUCGAAGCUAGCUAG